GUGUCAGAUUUGAGAGGGCGAUUUCACAUUACAAGUUGUUAAGUUUAUGGAAUGAGCUUCCCAGUUUAAAAGCCAUUAUACUUAUAACUGAAGAUUUGGAAUUGGAAAAUUCUCGACCAAAUGUUUAUACUUGGCCUACAUUCCUUCAGUUGAGUUACAGGACUCCUGUAAAGAAAUUAGCAGAGAGGCUGGAUCAGUUGGCACCAAACAGAUGUUGUGCCAUCUUUUAUGGGUCUGACAAACUUCUAGAAUUCAGUAAGCCAAAAGGGGUGCUGAUGAGCCAUGACAAUUUAACCUUUAUGGCUACUUCUUUUAAAAGCCAAAUUUGGACUGAGGAGAGCCUGAAGCCGAAUCAAACCAAAAGAGAAAUGUCUAUGGAAAAGAGAAUGCUAAGUUAUCUAUCACUUAGUCAAGCGUACAGUCUGGUCAUUGAGAUUCUUCUUCCCAUUGCCAGUGGUACGACAGUGUUCUUUGUUGGUCCAGACAUUUGGGAGGGACAGCUAGUUAAAACUCUGCAGUUGAUCAAGCCAACUGUUUUCUUUGCCACAUCUAGAACAUGGAAGCUAAUGUAUGACAAAAUUAAACACCAGUUUGAUCAACUAACAUUUUUUGAAAAAAUGUUGAUUACCAACUUCAAAAGUACCACUGAGCAAUUAGUCAAUAAAGUUAAAUCAACAAUAGAGAACCAGAAUACUGUACAAAAUUUUAGCAUAAGAAGUAAAUUGAAUGCCUUUGGACAAAAAAAACUAAAAAAGCAGUUAGGUCUUCAUAAGUGUUCUGCAUUCUUUAUUCUUGAUGGGCCCCUUAGUACUGAAGUGCAAGAGUUUUACUUUGACAUUGGUGUUUCAAUAAGAAAUAUGUUAAACUCGCCUUUUAUGUCUGGUCCACAUCUUGCAGAAGACAUAGAAAGUGGUGAUAAUAUUGAGUUGCCUGGAUGUGCUACAUCAUUUCAGUCAAAUUUAACAAAUGACAAUUUUGAGCUGCUUGGAACAGGACGACAUGUUUGUAUGGGUAUACUCCAUGAUCUGGCCACAUUUGAUAAUUCUGAUCUGUUCCAAAUAGAUCUUCAUGUCUCUGCUGCAAAGGAUGAAGCUGACAAUUUUGUACUUACCAGGUCAGCAUCAGAUAUGUCACAGUUGUCCAAUGGCUAUUUUGUUCACACCGAAGCAGUGGAAGAACUAAUCAAGAAUUUAGUUCCAGUUUUCAGUAACUGCAUGUUGAUUGGCCCUAAUCGACCUUAUUUCUCAGUUCUGAUGACACUCCAGACUGUGACAGAUCGAGUCACAAAAAAAUCUACUAAAAAACUGACUCUAUCAGCACAUGAUUGGUUUAAAAGAAGUGGGAUUCUAGCCAAUACUACAGCAGAUCUAACUCCUUCCAAUACACUCUGGUAUGAGAUGGUGGAUAAUGCACUGAUGUUGGUGAAUAGACAACUAGGAAGCAAAGCAGCUUUUAUCGUACAGUGGACUUUAUUAGAGACAGAUUUCUCUGUUCUAAAUGGAGAGAUUGAGCCAACUACUAAGACUUUGAACAGAGAACUUAUAAUGAAAAACUAUGAGAAAGAAAUUGAGUCCAUGUAUCCUGAUUCGCCUUUACCAACACUUGCUCCAAUACGCUUUCCUAGAAAUAUAUUAGGUUUUAAAUAAAUAUUAGCUGGGUUUUUUUGUUUCUUUGUUUUUGGUGAAUCAUUAUUUGAAAAAAAAUAAAACCACACAAGAAAAUAAAAUUUGAUUAGCCCUGAAAAUAAUGAAGUUUUGUGUUUAAUAAUGAAACUGUCAAAAA